UCUUUUUCUCACAUCAACUGCAGGCAUCAGUUUUUGCAGUAAACCACACGUCGGAAUAGGCUACAGUGCUUUUACGUGACCGAGGACCGUUUUUCUUUGGGGUUUUGCGUGUUUUACUCAUUUUCUUUGAAGUCUUUUGUUCUUUACCGUUACAAAUAUGAAAGAAAGGAGAAAUACGCAGCCGUUGGUGGUGAGAUGUAAACUGGUUCUUGUUGGCGAUGUUCAAUGCGGAAAAACGGCGAUUUUGCAAGUCCUCGCGAAGGAUUGCUAUCCAGAGACUUAUGUGCCCACGGUGUUUGAGAAUUACACAGCGUGUCUGGAACUGGAGGAGCAGCGUGUAGAGCUCAGUCUGUGGGACACAUCAGGUUCUCCCUACUAUGACAACGUGAGGCCUCUCUGUUAUAGUGACUCUGACGCGGUGCUCCUUUGUUUCGACAUCAGCCGCCCAGACAUUUUCGACUGUGGGCUUAAGAAGUGGAAGACAGAGAUCCUAGAUUUCUGCCCCAGCACACGCAUUCUUCUAAUUGGCUGUAAGACCGACCUGCGCACUGACGUCUGCACCCUGAUGGAGCUGUCCAAUCAGAAACAGGUCCCCAUCACCCAUGAGCAGGGUUCCUCCAUGGCCAAGCAGCUAGGCGCUGAGGCCUACCUGGAGUGUUCAGCAUUCACCUCAGAGAAGAGUAUCCACAGUGUGUUCCGGACGGCCGCUCUUGCUUGCAUUAACAAGCUCCAGCCGCUCCCCAAGACCAGCCCCACCCGGCGCCUCUCGAAGAGACUCCUCCACCUCCCCAGCCGCUCCGAGCUGCUCUCCUCCACCUUCAAGAAGGAGAAGACCAAGAGCUGCUCCGUCAUGUGAGUGGAGACCCGGGGCGGGGGGUGUCACUCCCCUCCCACACGCUGCUCCGAUUCCCCAGAACCCCUGACUGUUUGGUUCGGGGAAGGGGGGGGGGGGGGGUGGGUUUCAUCACGAUGGCUUAAUCAAGAGAAGGCUCUUCUUCCAUGUUGAAUCCUUCCUCACCCCCCCUCAAAGUGAAAUCAAUUCAGAACAGGUGGACACCUUGCUGUCCACUUUGUCCUGAAGUACUCUUCAGUGCAUAUCUCAUAUUUUUCAGUACUGUAUCUUGGCUUUUUGAUCAUCAGCUAACCAUUGUUCUAACUUGUUACAGUAACGGUAUGCAACCAUGAUGGUGUGACAUCACUACUAUUUAGGCACAUGUUGAUUUGUCCAAAUUGGAAAAUGUGCAACAAGUGACAAAGUUUUAACUUUGUGAAGAAAAAAUGCCUCUCAAGAAAAUGUAUUGCCUAUUUUUCAAAACAAAUCUAGCAUGAAAAUAUAUCAGACAUUACUGAACAUUGUAUCCCUCCUACACUGCAGAGUGGGAACUAUAAGGUGUAGCAACGUGAGCAAAUCGGUGGUCUCCCAAAUGGGUUUUGGGCUCUUCUUGAUUUAGGCCCAACGAGGGCUGAUUGAGAGAGGCGUGGUGGCAGGAGUGUUUGAUUUGACCACAGCGAGAACAGAGGGCCAUUACACGUCUCAUUGUCUCGGCCGUGAUAAUAGCAGCAGGUCUAGACAGACAGACAGGCAGGGAGGGAGGGAGGCAGAGACACAUACAGACAGGCAGACAGACAGGCAGACGCCAGGCUAGACUGUGAAGUGUGAGCCAUCUGCGCUCUUCUAGGCUCUCAGUCAGUGGAGUACCAGGCUAAAGAGGCAAUGUACAGAACAGAUAGAUAAUGGAGCUUUGGGAUAAGCAAAGAAAAUAGGGAAGUAAAAAAACAACAAGUAAAUGUACUGGAGUGCUAGAAAUCCAGUUCUCUCCCAUCAUUUGAUAAAGAGGAAACCACUUCCAGGGAGUGGGGUAUUGUUCUUCCCUGGGCCAUAGACACAACAUGGUUUAAUGCAGAUCUGUCAAGAGAUCUGGGAACUUACGUAUGGCAAUGGAUACCAGGUCAGUGUUGAAAAUCCCCUGAGGUGAUUCUUUAAAGGAUUGUCUGUUUGCAACUAGAAUAUGCUGCUUAAAAACUGUCAGGAUGAAUCCACUGGGGAAAUGGGAUUUCCAGUUUCCAGACCAGUACAGGAGAAAUAAAGUGUUUCAGUACCACAUUAUUAGUAUUUUGAUCAGUGUUUUUCAUCUAGCAGCUUUAGGCCUGAAACCAGAUAUAAAGCAUGUAGAACAGAUAAUGUAGCUAUAUAUUUUUUAAUUAGAUCAACUUUGAUAACUAACAAUCACCUAAAUAAAAACUAGUCAGGAAGAAUCAAAAAUGCAAAAAAUGUCAUGGCAUAGGCCCAUAUUGAUUUUGUUAUAAUGUUUGAGUCACUAAGAUAGCAUAAGAACACAGCAUAAGCCAUGACAAAAUGUGUAAAACUGCAGCAAGUUAACUUUAAAACAGCAACAUUUUAUCUGCGGCGAAGAGGACGGCCUCUAAAAUGUUUGGUCGGAGGCCGCGCCAUUGGCCACACAUGUUGGGUUUCAUCACGAGGGUUUUAUCAAGAGAAGGAUUUAUUCCAUGUUGAAUCCUUCCCCCCCUCAAAGUGAAAUCAAUUCAGAACAGGUGGACACCUUGUUGUCCACUUUGUCCUGAAGUACUCUUCAGUGCAUAUCUCAUAUUUUUCAGUACUGUAUCUUGACUUUUUGAUCAUCAGCUAACCAUUGUUCUGACUUGUUACAGUAACGGUAUGCAACCAUGAUGGUGUGACAUCACUACUAUUUAGGCACAUGGUGAUUUGUCCAAGUUGGAAAAUGUGCAACGUGUGACAAAGUUUUUAUCUUGUGAAGAAAAGUUUUAACUCCCCCCCCCCCCCUACACGCUAAAUUUGCCACCGCUGCUGAAAAAAAUCCUGGGGGAAACACUGUUGAUAACCAACAAAGAUGUGCAGUUUCUAUUAUGUCUUUAACAUCGUAUCCCCCAAGUUCAUCUUGAUUGUUGAAAAAUAUAGCUGUUAAUUUAUUUAAUUUUCAACAAUCCAAUGUAGCACUCCAUUUCCUUUACUCUCGUACUCUUCCAAAAUGUUUCUUCUCGUCCUUCUAUUCCUCUUGUUCUUCUAGUAAACCUCCAGUGAGCAGCACUUAAGUCCCACCAACAUGGAGGGCAGUCCAGUCCAAUGUGUCGCUAAACUAUGACCCUUUUUUUGCUUCAAUCUUUGGCUUCAUGGUUAUAAAUGUGUGUGUACACUAUGGCAUUGUGAUCUAGCUCUGCUUUAGCAUAUCAAGCAAUAAUGAUCCAAGUUAUUGCGAUGCAAAGUCAACUGAUCGAGUGGCAAUAAAAAUGCAGCUUUGGGAUCAGUUUGGGAGAUAUGUCGUGUGACAUCUCCAUGGACAAACAGUAGCCUAUGUACAGUAUGGCGAAACAAACGGAACCACCAUCAUUUCUGCUGUGAAAAGAAGCUCCCGUCCCAUCUGUGUUUGCCCUUUUCUCUUCUACCCGUCAGUAGCCACUGGUAUGUAGGGUAACCAAUGACAUGGCUUGCUGUGCCACUAAACCAUUUUUUAAAUUUGAGACUAAAGGUGAAUAAUGCUAUUUGAGGAUGUCAGUGAGUCUGCUAUCAGUUGUACAGUAUUGUUAGGAGAUGAGUGAGUAAAGGAAAUAGCACUAAGAGAUGAUCUGGUCUAAGACAUUAGGCUCCAGCCACGGUUGGCUUGUUGAAGCAUUUUGCAUUGGGGUACGUUAUGUGGAAGCCUCCUAACUUCGAACAAUCGACUAACAAAUGCACAGGCUGGCCCUGUCCAAAGAAAGAUAUUUUUCCAUUAUUCGUUUUUCUGGGGUUAUUGUGUUUUAAUUUUCGUAUUAAAGCGUGAAUUGAAUCCUUGUUUUGAUUUUGUGACUGAGACCGUGUUUGUUAACCUACGUGGUGAGCUGUGGUAGUCAGUCAGUCAGUCACAGUGACUAGAGGAGUGAUAUGAUUUGCACAAAGGCUCUAGUUCCUUGUUGGUCACACACUGGAAUUCCUCAACAACGCCUAGCAACAGUUCAACACAGGAAACCAAUCGAGACUCAGACUGGCUCCUCUGAGUCUCUCGGUUGGUUCGUAGCACAGAUAGGGAGUGAAGAGGGCAUAUCACAUAACAGGACAUAUCCACAUACAUUGUAACUCCAGAUUCUGCUUCUAUCUCAAGGGUUGAUCGGAAUUUGGAUUCAGAAUAUUUUUUUCUUGAGUUUUCUAAUAGUUCCCAGCUCAUACAGGGGGCUCAGGUAUUGGAUACAGAAGCAUUUCAUGGACCAUAUCAGUUAAUAUGCAGCCAGCCAUUGUGUAGUACAGUCAGUGUGUGGUACAUUGACGCAGUCCAACUCCUAGCAUGUCCUAUAACAGUUGUAUGAUUGUACAUAUCUUGUUUUAUAAUCUUUGUAAAGACAUCUUUAAAGAAUGUCGCAGGAAACUGUUUGAUUCAAACAAUGAAAGACCAAUAUGUUGUUGUUGAUGUGAAUAUUUAUUUGAUAGCUAUAAUUGCUAUUUUUCUUUGCUUUUUUUUGGUUGACAUGUAGUUGUUUGAAAUGUAUUUUGAACAUUCUUUCCUUUUCUUUUGCUCUGCUAAUAAAGCUUGUCAUGACUGGCACCAUGAG